UUUUUUUUUUAUCAAAUUAAAAAAAUCAAUCACUCAAGACCUAGUGAAAUUGAAUUUCGCUAUAAAUUUUGUUGUAGAUUGUCGAGUUAAUCUUUGUCUUUGAGCUUGUAGAUUUGUGAAUCCAGAUCUUAUUGCCCUGCAAUCAGAGAGAGAUAGAAAUGGAUCCGGAUUCAGUGAAAUCGACUCUUUCUAAUUUGGCUUUCGGCAAUGUCAUGGCUGCUGCAGCUCGCGAUUACCAAAAGGAUUUGCUGGCUCAAGGGAAAGCUAAUGCAUCAAGCUCUGUUCAUGACGAAGUGGAUUUGGAUGAGCUUAUGGAUGACCCUGAGCUGGAGAAAUUGCACGCUGACAGGAUAGCGGCUCUUAAGAAAGAAGCAGAGAAGCGGCAAAAAUUGACAAUGCAAGGUCAUGGGGAGUACAGGGAGAUAACAGAAGGAGAUUUUUUGGGUGAAGUUACUGGCACCGAAAAAGUGAUUUGUCAUUUCUACCACAGAGAGUUCUAUCGAUGCAAGAUUAUGGAUAAGCACUUGAAGUCCCUUGCUCCUAGACAUUUUACUACUAAAUUCCUCAAAUUGGAUGCUGAGAAUGCUCCUUUCUUUGUUACCAAGCUUGGAAUCAAGACAUUGCCAUGUGUCAUACUAUUCAGACAAGGAGUAGCAUCCGAUAGGCUGGUGGGGUUUCAAGACUUAGGGGGCAAAGAUGAUUUCCCUACAAGGAAGCUUGAACUUUUCUUCUUGAAGAAAGGAAUUAUCGAGGAGAAGAAACGAGAUGAAGAGGAUGAUGAUUAUCUUGAAGGAAAACGUACGUCAGUUAGAACAUCAGUACAUACAGAUUCGGACUCUGACUAAGAACUCACAGAGCAGCUUGCCCCAAGAACUUGAACUGCAGUUAUUUUCUGCUUUUUUUUUGUAGUUACUGUAAAAUUUUACUGGACUCGUCGAUGGCUGUAACUCUUGCUGUAUGUGUUAUUUUGUUUUGCUGCUA